CACCGAAGCUGGCGCGACCGCUGGAGACAGUGUCUUGCGAGGAGUGUGGCUGUUGAUCCUAACGUGGGUGAAUAGAGAGGUCUCGAGUCGUUGGCCGGGGAGGGUCUGGCCGGGUAAUCCAGAAUGUCUACUCUGAUCUUUGUUGAUAAGGAAAAUGGAGAAGCAGGCACCCAAGUGGCUCCUAAGGACCGGCUAAAGCGGGGGUGUGGACCUUCAGUCAAAGCUUUAGAUGGGAGAUCUCACAUUUCAACACCACAUGUUGGCAAAGUGUUUGAUGCUCCACCAGCUGUUCCUAAAACUGCCAGAAAGGCUUUGGGAACUGUCAACAGAGCUACAGAAAAGUCAGUAAAGACUAAUGGGCCCCUCAAACAGAAACAGACAACCUUCUCUGCCAAAAAGGUGACUGAGAAGACUGUUAAAGCAAAAAGCUCUGUUCCUGCCUCAGAUGACAACUAUCCAGAAAUAGAAAAAUUCUUUCCCUUCAAUCCACUAGAUUUUGAGAGUUUCGACCUGCCUGAAGAGCACCAGAUCGCACACCUGCCCUUAAAUGGAGUGCCUCUGAUGGUCCUCCGUGAGGAGAGGGAACUUGAGCAGCUGUUACACCUGGGCCCCCCUUCGCCUCUGAACAUGCCUUCUCCGCCGUGGGAGUCUGAUGUGUUGCAGUCUCCCUCAAGCAUUCUGUCGACCCUGGAUGUUGAAUUGCCACCUGUUUGCUAUGACUUACAUAUUUAACUUUCUUAGCACUUUAUGGUCUGUGGGUAUGUAUUAACAGUUUGUAUUAAUAAAGCAACUCUUUAACAGACUCUUCCAAA